GUCAAAAGGCUAGUAUUAACGAUAAAUUAGUAUGCAAUUUUUUUUGCAGAGGCAAAAACAAAUGAUCUAAGUCUCACAUAAGAAAAUAUUAACAGAUUUAGAUAUUCUAAUCAUAUUAGGAGUUUAAAUUACGGAUAACCAUGGGAUGAAAUCAAUGAAACUGGCCGACAUAAACAGAAUAUGACGGAAAUGGAAUUCAUUCGCAAGUUUGGAAAUUUUUAGAAAAAAAAAUAAUCCUCUGUGUCUGAGACGACCUACACAUGGCUACGAAGGAUGGUAUUGAUGUGGACAUUUCAGAUGAUGACCGACCAUAUACACCUGAUGACCUUUUGAAAAUAAUAAAUGCGCCCUCUGGCGGAUUGUCAAUGCUGCCAUCUGACGCAUACAAUGAGGUUUACCCGAAUAUACUUCUCGGAGAAGAAGCUAUCGCUAAGCAACGUGUGCAGCUACAGAAACUUGGUGUGACACACGUUCUCAAUACUGCCGAAGGUAAAGACGAUGGAUAUCACGUGCACACUAAUCACGUGAUGUAUCGCCGGGUUGGUAUGGAAUACUUAGGAAUACCAGCCACAGAUAUAAUGAGCUUUGAUUUGUCUAAGUAUUUCCAAAAGUCUGCAGAUUUCAUUGAGGAUGCAUUAGCCGGCGGAGGUAAGAUACUUGUUAAUUGCAAGGUGGGAGCCAGUCGUUCGGCAACAAUUGUUUUAGCGUUCCUGAUGUUGAAGCGCCACCUACCUGUCCAGGAUGCAGUGCGUCUUGUAAGAGAGAAGCGGGAAAUCUGUCCAAACGAUGGGUUCUUGCAGCAGCUGUGUGAUUUGAAUGAACGUUUAAAAAAGAGAGGACAUUUUCUACGGAAAAAUGAGAAAGAUUAAUUUUGACUGUCAAUAGUGUUCAAAAUAUUGUUGUGUUUGAAAUAUUGGUAAAAAUUUCAUAUCACGGGUUUCAUUGACACCGCUAUGUAGUUUUUAGGGUUAUAAGUAUUGUUCUUUGUUAAGUUGGAAGACGUUAUUAUUCUCUGUUCAUUUAAUGUAAUUUUAGUAGAACUCAUUUGCGAGAAGCAGUAACUUGUCAGAUUCAUUACUAACUAGAAGAAGCGUUUGUGUACUAAAACAGAAUUGUUGUUGUCACCGCUGCACUGGUAGAUAAAUUGUAAAAGUUAUGAGUCGUUUUAGUAACACAACAGUAAAUGGUCAUUAAUUUAUCCCCGCUUCGAAGACGCGGUGGUAUAUUGCUUUGCGCCUGUCGGUCGCGGUCGUUAUGUCAGUUGGUGGGUCCGUGUGUCCGCUUAAUAACUUGAGAAUCACUGAUUGGGCUUAUACAGUAGAUGACCCCUAUUGUUUAAAGGUCGGUAGGUCAACGGUCACGGUCAAAAGGGGCUUCAACCUUGAAAACGAUUUCCGCUUAAUUUGAGGACCACACGACCCAGAACUUUCAAACUUAACAUGAUUGCGCUUAAUGAAGUAGAUGACCCAUAUUGCUAUCGGGGUCAGUAGAUCAAAGGUCAAGAUCACAGGGACCUGAACAUUUAACACUAUUUCUGUACUGUAACUUGAGAAUCACUUGAAUCACAAGAACCUUCAACUUUAUUAGCUUAAUUGGGGUUGCGAAGUAGAUGACCUUGUAGUUUUUAAGAGUCAGUAGGUCAAAGGUAAAGGUCUCAGGAGCCUGAAACCGAUUGUUUUUGGGAUCAAUAGGUCAAAGGUCAAGGCCAUAUGGACCUGGAUCUUGAAAACUAUUUCCGCUUAAUAACUUCAGAACCACUCAACCCAGAACCUUCUAACUUUUUAGCAUGUUUGAGCUUAAUGAAGUAGAUGACCCCGUUUAUUUUCCGGGGGAUCAAUAGGUUAAAUACCAAGUUCAUAGUGAUAACGGCACUGAAAAUGGGACUAGCCAUCAUGAGGGCAUGCGUGUUUUAAUAAUAAUAAUAAUAAUAAUAAUAAUAACUUUAUUUUCUGAAGGUGACAUACUAAGUGUACAAAUACAGAUAUUUUACAACUUAUUUCCAGUAUGGCCUUCAACUGAUAUACAUUCACACAUACACACAAUCAUACAGUCAAUUUAUAAUUUAACAUUUAUACAAAAAAACACAUAUCAGAAUUACUUAAAUUUUCUCGACAAACACGUCUCAAAUUAAAGAAGGCUUAAAUAAACGUAAUGUAACAAUAACUAUGUUUUAAAAGAAUUAUCAUGCGUCACAAAGAUUAUACAUGACAAUUAAGAUACAUACAAAAAAAGAAAGUCUGUCCCAUAAGAUAAUAAAUUGUUCCAGAUUUGAAUAAUAAGAUAGUAUGAAUAUU